AUGUCGUCGGACUUUUCUAUUGUGUCAGCAUUUAACCAUGCGCUACAGAGUGAUCUAGACAUACCUAUGCCUAUUGCUGCUAUUUUUGCACUUUCGGAAAUGAUCGCGCAAUCGAAAGCCGAGACGACGUCGGAACUUAUGGAAAGUAUCAAAAUGGCGAGUGAAGAGGUCAAAGCAAGCCUGGCGAACCCUAUUCCGGCUACAGCAGGUCUAGAACUGUUUAUGCGAUUUGUUACGACAAAGAACUGGGCGGGUGGCGACUUCGAAGCUCACAAGCAAAACCUCAUUCAUGCCGCUCUUGAGUUUGCCAAUAACACGGUGCCCAACUGCCGUGAACGCAUCACACACCUGCUCAUGCCAUUUAUUAAAGAUGACUCUGUCAUUUUAACUCAUGGAUACUCUCGCGUCGUGAUGCAGGUGCUUCUCAGUGCGGCCAAGGUACACGGUAAGCGCAUGUCUGUGUACGUGACCGAAAGUCGGCCAACGGGGCAGGGUUUGCAAACAUACAAGCGCCUCCGCGAAGAGGGAAUUCCUUGCACUGUCGUACUCGACAGUGCAGUAGCAUACUUGAUGCAUCGCGUUGAUAUGUGCCUGUUGGGCGGUGAAGCCGUUGUUGAAUCGGGUGGUAUCUUCAACGCCGUUGGCAGCUACCAAAUUGGCAUCAUUGCGAAAGCCGCCAAGAAGCCUGUGUUUGCAGUGGCCGAGAGUUUUAAGUUCUUGCGUCUAUUUCCACUGUCACAGUAUGACGUACCCAUCACCGCACGCCAUCUCCCGUUGCCUACGAGCGAAGAGUCGUACGAGGCCCCAGAGGACAAUCGCAUGACUCCUGCCAUGGAGGCCAUGAAUCCAUUGAUCGAUUAUACCCUGCCUGAGCUGCUUACCUUCAUUGUGAGUGACGUAGGCAUUCUGACGCCGUCCGGAGUGUCUGAUGCUUUGCUGGCUGUGUAUGGCGACAAUUAA